GACUUUUUGACUAUUGGAUCAAGUUCAAUUUAUUACAUCUAAUAAAUAAGCGAUUAUACAAAGCUGUCUGUAAAAGUGGUUUGGUUUUGAAAUAUACUAAGAAUGUGUAUUCCCUGGUUUACACAUACGAGACUCUAGACAAAUUAAACAUAUUUUAAUUUUUUAUUCCUAUUUAAACCUUUAUUUUUAUCAUUAAUUACUUUUCAACAUCAUUUGUCCUGAUUGAGACUUUAAACAACUUAAUUUUUUUGUGAUGUCGUUUUGACUUGAAGAAUUUCAAAUUAGGCUUUUAUAUUUAAGUAUUUAAUUAAAUUAUUGAGAAAUGGAUUUUACACCGAGAAGCCGACAGGUCCUUUCUGGCCGUGUUGAUUCACUCAGGCCUGAUUCUCAAGUUUUUAACCCUAAUAACACCAGAGAUGUGAGUAAUAAUGAAACCCAGUACACUAUGUAUGGCAAGACUCCUAACUUGGUUAGAAGAAUACGCAAUGCCCGUAACGAUAUUGGUGAUCUGGGAAGGGAAACCUUCAUGGAUCAGCGUGAUGUAGCUCGUUUGCCAUUUUUACUAGAUAACAGACUUGAAGAACUUUCCGAAAGAUUCACUAACUUUUUGAAGAAUUUUACAGAGUUUGACACCAAUUCUGAAGAUAAAGAUAAACAACAAAGUAAACCGUCCAACACUGAACUAUAUUACUUAAUGAAAUUAAUGAACUUUAUCAAAGAGAAUUUGCGCGAUCACUCAACAGGUUACAGCCGUUAUCUCCCCUUUGAAGUGGAUUUGAUGCAUGUUUACUCUUAUGAUAUGGUCCUUUAUAAGUUGUUGGUAACGUUCCCAGCUGACUGUAUUGCAGAACUUGAUAAGGUCCUUGUGAAGCUUUUUAAUGAGUUGCUUUCCAAGCAUUAUUCCGACCUUUCACUUGAAAACAACUCUUUUUUCCCCAGAGCCAGACUUAUGAACAAGCCAGUUUCUGAUUGUGUGGGAAACCUAGAACCCAGUAUGGCCGAUUCUUUGGUUCAAUUCUCAGGAACAGUAGUUCGUCAGACAUGGAUAGUUCCUGAGAUUACCAUGGCAUGUUUUAGGUGUAGAGGUCAGAAGAAAGUGGGAUUGAACGAUAUGCAACCGUGUACCUGUGAACACUACGAAUAUGUUAUUCAAGGUGAAGUAAAUGAACCCUUACUGUGUAAUGAAUGCAACAGUAAAUAUACAUUCGAACUGAACCAUAACAUGUCUGUGUACUCCACCAAAAAAAUAGUAAAGCUACUUCAAUCAAACAGUUCUCCGAACAACCCUGACAAAGAUGGCUUAGACGAUUCUGUUGAUAAUGCUGAUCUAAAUGGAGAAAUAUAUAUGAAGGACAAUGAAGUAGUGAAUUUGAACCUAUACGAUGAUCUUAUUGAUUCUGUUGUUACUGGGGAUAGAGUUACAGUGGUUGGUAUUCUUAAAGUAACACCAAUAAGGACAAGUACAACGAGAAGGACUUUAAAAAGUUUGUACACCUACUUUGUAAAUGUCAUCCACGUCAAAGUAAUCAAUUCGACAAAUGCCAAUCAACCAAUGAAGGGAUUAAAGUAUUUGGGUAAUGAAAACGAUUUUUCGGAUUUACAAGUAUACAAGAUAUUGGAACUCAGUCGUAACCCUAUGAUAUACAGAAUAUUGUUAGACUCAUUUGCACCUUCAAUUAAAGCCAGAAAUAACGUUAAGAUUGGAUUAUUAUGUCAGUUAUUUUCAUGUAAUCCCAAUUCAUCUGAUAACAAUAAGACUGUCGAUUCAUCAUACAAAGUGGAUAAUUUCAGGGGGAUAAUAAACGUAUUGUUGUGUGGAGAUCCGGGGACUGCUAAGUCACAACUACUACAUUAUACACACUUGUUAUCACCCCGUUCAAUUUACACUUCAGGGAAAAGUAGUUCCAGCGUAGGUCUUACGGCCAGCAUCAAGUUUAAUGAAAGUGAUAAUGGUCGGGCAAUGAUACAACCCGGAGCUGUGGUUUUGGCAAACGGAGGUGUUUGUUGCAUUGACGAAUUGGACAAGUGUCACAAUGAAUCAAGACUGAGUUUGUAUGAAGUUAUGGAACAACAAACUGUUACAAUUGCUAAAGCGGGUAUUGUUGCCACUUUGAAGGCUGAGACUGCCAUACUGGCCAGUUGUAACCCAAUUAACAGUAGAUAUAACAAGAACAAGGCCGUUAUUGAAAAUAUUAACAUUUCACCGAGUUUAUUCACGAGGUUUGACUUGAUUUAUUUGGUAUUAGACCACAUUGAUCAGGACACAGAUCAGUUGAUUAGUUUAAGCAUUGCGAAAGAUUUCUUAUUGCCACAUAUGACUGGUGUUAACAGUGCUUCUGAUACUUAUGACCGUAGUAAUACCAUGCAUGUCGAACCCGAAAUCUUGAGAUCAGAAAAGGAUUAUAAUUUAAAUGAUUUGGAUAUGCUGAGAAUGUAUAUAAAAUUCUCAAAAUUACACUGUUUCCCGAAAUUGAGUGAUGAAGCUAGGAAGGUUAUAACAAGGGAAUAUGUCAAGAUGCGUCAGGGUAACUUUCAAACUUCGAAUCUAGAUGAACUUGACCAGGCCCAAGAAGACGAAGACGAUGAUCUUUAUUACCAAUCUUCCGGAACAAGAAUGAUUUAUGUCAGUAGCCGUAUGAUCAGUUCCAUAAUUAGAAUUGGAGUUUCAUUGGCAAGGAUGAGACUUAGUACUUUUGUAACCAGGGCGGAUGCUUUGCAAGCAGUACAAAUUGUCAAAAGUUCUACAUUCCAGUCACUGGUAGAUCCAACCACAGGAAAAAUAGAUUUUGACCAAUUACACCAAGGAAUUACCACAAAUAAAAUGCAACAACUCAACCAGAUGUACGAACAGGUUCUAUCAGUUUUGACACGUUCUAGUAAUCAGGAUUCGAACAAAUCAUUAGAUUUGAAUGAAGUUUUAAGUCUAAUGAGUAAGGAGUUCAAGGAUGCUCAUGACCAUAAGGACGGAGAAAUUUAUAAGUUGAUAUCCGAAGUUUUGAACAAAAUGGUACAAGAAGGGACAGCAGUUAGGGAAAACAACUCUUAUAAGUUAAAAAAAAUCUUUUCGUAAAAUCUUUAAUUUCAUCAACUAACA